AAUUGUGAUGCAGGGGAGGACCCAAGAGGAACCAGGCUUGAGUUCAGUGAAGUCAGAAAAGUAGGGAAAAGUGGAAAGUAGAGAAAAAGGGGGAAGGCGUUCAAACUGUUCAAAAACAAAAACAAGCCAGGGGAACAGUUUUGGAGAAAUGAAGUUAAAAGGCUCACAGUUAGCUUGUGAGUAGAAGUGAAAGCCCGAUGUGCUCCCAGGAACAUGGCGUCUCAUCGGCCGUUCCCUGCAGAUGACUUCGGUGCCUACUACAUCCUGUGAGCCUCAAACCCUGUGCCUUUAUAGAUAACCUUAACAGUGGGGGGCCUUACCCAGAGGAGCGUGGCGCCUGUUGCAUUUGGGAGGGCUCUGCCAGAUUUGGCCCAUGAAGGACCCACAAGAGGGCGUGACGGGACUGCGGAACCUGGGCAACACCUGCUACAUGAACGCCAUCUUGCAGUGCCUCUGCAGCACAUCUCCACUGGUGGAGUACUUCCUGUCCGGAAAGUACAUCACGGCUCUUCAGAAGGACUGCAGCGAGGUCACCACGGCCUUUGCCUACCUGAUGACAGACAUGUGGCUUGGCGACUCAGACUGUGUCUCCCCAGAGAUAUUUCUGUCGGCUGUUGGCAGCCUUUACCCAGCCUUUCUGAAAAAGACACAGCAAGAUGCGCAGGAGUUCCUGAUUUACGUCCUCAACGAGCUUCAUGAAGCUUUGAAAAAGCACUGCCGAGGAAGAGCGAGUGAGAAAAGAACAGCCCAAAACUGCUGCAGGAAAGUGCCAGCCCAUGAGACCUCAAUCAUCACCCGGCUGUUUGAAGGGCAGCUCAGUUACAGCAUCACGUGUUUAAAGUGUGAGACCUGCACCUACAAGAACGAAGUUUUCACCAUCCUUUCCCUCCCCAUCCCAUCGGAAUACGAAUGCUCCCUCCAGGACUGUCUCCAGUGUUUUUUCCAACAAGACACACUGACCUGGAACAACCAAAUCCAUUGUUCCUUUUGUGAAAUCAAGCAAGAAACAGCUGUGAGGACCACUAUUUCCAAGGCACCAAAAAUAAUUGUUCUUCACUUAAAAAGGUUUGACAUCCAGGGUGCAGUAAAGAAGAAGCUGAGGACAGAUAUUCAUUACCCACUGACCAACCUGGACCUCACUCCUUAUAUCUGUCCAGUCUUCCGGAAACAUCCCAAGUACAACCUGUGUGCAGUUGUGAACCACUUUGGAGAUCUGGAUGGUGGCCACUACACUGCCUUCUGCAAGAACUCAGUAACUCAGGCCUGGUAUAGUUUUGACGACACCCGAGUCAGUGAGAUUCCAGAUACUUCUGUUCAAACAGCCACAGCUUAUCUUUUAUUCUAUAGCUGCCAGCCUUUUUCUAUCCCAACACAGAAGCGCAAGAGCUGGGACAGCACUCCUGAUUACGGCAAGCCAGCCGUCAGGAAGUGGCCGUGAAUAUGCUUUGUUAUUAAAUCCUUCCCACCUA